CGUUCUUCGAUAGCAGACCGCAUUUGUUUACAACUGAAAUUUAAUUCAUUAACCGUGAAUAUCCGUGAUAACCAUGAAAGUAGCUGUAGAGGGAUGCGCCCAUGGCGAACUGGAACGUAUAUAUGACACCAUAGCGAGCAUCGAAAAGGACAGCGGCACCAAGAUCGACUUGCUUCUGUGCUGCGGCGAUUUCCAGUCCACCCGGAAUCUAGAGGAUUUGCAGACGAUGGCGGUGCCAAAGAAGUACCUGGACAUGUGCUCCUUCUACAAAUACUACAGCGGUGAGCUGGUGGCUCCCGUCCUGACCAUUUUCAUUGGCGGGAACCACGAGGCCUCCAAUUACCUACAGGAGCUCCCCUACGGCGGUUGGGUUGCUCCCAAUAUCUACUACCUCGGCUACGCCGGCGUGGUCAAUGUAAAUGGAGUUCGCAUCGCUGGAAUAAGUGGAAUAUUCAAGGGCCACGACUUUUUGCGAGGCCACCACGAAUAUCCUCCUUAUACCGACUCCACGUGUCGCAGUGUCUACCAUGUACGGCAGUUGGAAGUCUUCCGGCUGAAGCAAUUGUCCGGGAGGGUGGACAUCUUCCUUUCCCACGACUGGCCCUCGGGAAUCUAUGAGUACGGGAACAAGGCACAGCUGCUGCGCAAGAAACCCUUCUUUAAGGCGGACAUGGAGAGCGGUAAGCUGGGCAGUCAGCCACUGGAGGAACUGCUGAAAGCCAUCCAGCCGACCUACUGGUUUGCUGCUCAUCUGCACUGCAAAUUUGCCGCCCUGGUGCCCCAUAAUCACAGCCCGAAGCGAGCUGAUGAUGGAUCCUCCUCCUCCAGCAGCAGCAGUGAGGAUGAAGACGAGGAAAAGGAGGAGAAGACAACACCUACGUCUCCCCCAACUAAACACGUUCCCGUGACAAAAUUCCUGGCUCUUGACAAAUGUUUGCCGCGACGUGCAUUCCUUCAAGUGGUGGAGAUACCGAGUGACCCCAUUGAGGGUAAACCACGUCUGGACUACGACGCCGAGUGGCUGGCCAUCCUGCAUAGUACAAAUCAUUUGAUUUCUGUAAAGGAGAACUACUACUAUCUGCCCGGAAAAAAGGCGGGAGAGCUUACAGAGCGAUUUAACUUCACGCCCACCGAAGAGGAACUGGAUGCGGUGACCACAAAGUUCCAGAAACUCCAGGUGCCGGAGAACUUUGAGCGCACAGUGCCAGCUUUUGAUCCCGCAGAGCAAUCCAACUACAAGCACAUGGUCGUGGGUCAACCGAAGGUGCACCUAAAUCCCCAAAGUAAUAGCUUUUGUGUUGCUUUGGGCAUAGAUGAUCCACUGUGCCUAGUUUUGUUGGCGAAUGGCAAAGAUCUGCCUGCGGUGGGAUGUGCUGAAACUGUCGCUGUUGAGGCAAACGAUAGCACUAAAGUGGAGCCGCUGGAAGAAGACAUCGGUGAACCUUUGGUCACGCCCACCAAACGGAAACUGAACUUAUCCCUGCCAGCUCCUAUAUCAGCACCUGCAGAUACUACCGAUAAAAAUGUAAUAGAUCUUCCCGAGGAGGUGGAACCGGAGGAAACAAUUGCAGAAACAGAAGCCCAUACGGUAGAGGAACAAGCUUCAGAGCCCGCUAGUCCCAAUAUCAAGAAGCUGAAGCGACGAAAUCAGAAUAUAUACCAAGCACAAGAUGAUUAAAACCUAACAA